CCGAUCACACUACCAAUUUCUCUCAAGACAAUCUCCCAAAAACAGGAGGAAAAGAAUAGUUGUUGAUUUGAUCAUCAAUGGAAGGAUUAGUAAAGGGGUUGUUGAAUGUGGCUUUGGGCAAUGAUGAAAAUGAUGAUAGGAACAAUCAAUCUGGUGAUCGUGAUGAACGGUCAAGAUCUACUUGGGCGCAGGUGGUGUCAGGGGAUCAAGAAGAUGAAGGGAUUAGCAGCGAUCGUAAACAUGGAUAUAAUAGAGAGGAGGGGAGAUAUGGGAGAAAUGAGGAGUGGAAAUCAAGUGAAUCAAGGCCUCACAUGAUGCCCCAAAAGGCUUCACCUCAGGGGUACGAAAGAAAUGACGAUGAGAGGCAGGAUACUUUCAAUCAAAAGGAGGACGAGGGAAACAAUGACGGCUGGGAGACGGUCCAGAAAAAGCCUACUAAACGGCAUCAAAAGGUUAAAAUGGAUUAUUGGGACAAUUACAAAAAGCCUGUUGAUGAGCAAGAAUAUUCAAAUGAGGUUGAAUAUGGAGUUGGCAUGGAACCCUCCGAAGAAGAGCUUUCAGAUUUAUCGAGAGCAUGCAACAAGCUUUGGGAACUUGAUCUUAACCGCUUAGUUCCAGGAAAGGAUUACCAGAUUGAUUGCGGUGAAGGAAAGAAGGUUUACCAAAAGGAAGAUAUGGCCGAAGGAUGUUUAUUUUCCUGGUUGAGUGACGAUGUAUUUAACAAGCCUACUUAUUCUCGUUUCUGUUCCCUUUUAGAUAAUUAUAAUCCGCACCAGGGUUGUAAGGAGAAUGUAACACCUCAAGAGAAGCAAGAACAAACAGCAUUCAUAGAAGAGAUCAGUAGAACUGCGCCAAUAAAAUAUCUGCACAAGUAUCUAUCAUUGAAACGCGUAGUUUCUGGUGAUUAUGAAGAGUUUAAGAGAAUGAUGACUCAUCUCUGGUUCGACCUUUAUAGUCGAGGUGGUACAUCUGCUAGCUCUUCAGCUUUUGAACAUGUUUUUGUUGGAGAGAUAAAGGAGCGUGGGGAAAAAUCAGUUUCUGGAUUUCACAACUGGCUUCAGUUCUAUUUAGAGGAAGCUAAGGGCAGUGUUGACUAUCAAGGAUACAUCUUCCCCCGAAGGCGCGGAGAGAUUCCCGACUCAGAGACUCAGUUACUGACCAUACAGUUUGAAUGGAACGGCGUCCUAAAAUCUGUGUCAAGUAGUUUGAUUGGAGUUAGCCCUGAAUUUGAAGUUGCUAUCUACACUCUAUGCUUCUUUGUUGGAGGGGAAGAGAACCAUGUUGAGAUUGGUCCAUAUCCUGUUAAUAUUAAAUGCUAUCGUUUGGGAGAUAACAUUGGAUCUGCUUUUCCUGUGGCUGAGUGUUGAAUGCCACACAUUAUUUCUGUGAUUGCUUAUGUGAAAAAGGACUAUUCUCCUAGCUGCUGCAACCUCUACUGUAAGCAGCAAAAUGAUUGACUAAAACUAUGGUAUUACUGGACCAUGUAUGUUUGUGAAAUAUUACCUUUUAUUUAGGAAAUAUUCUUGCCCGGUAUGAUCCGUGUGUAUUUAAUGCUUUCAUAUUCCAACUGCUGGUGAAAUGAAAAUGCUGAAUAUUUUUCUCUUA